GGAACAUGCGAUAGUGACGUCACAGCAGGAUAAAACGGCAUGGAGACGUAGUAGAAUGAAAGAGUCGUAUCGUGGAGCGCGAUAAGAGCGCCGACGGAGACACUAGGAUGCUGUGAAGCGCCCUUUCCUCUGACAGUAAGAGACGAAACACUUAGAAAAAGACGCGCGCUAAUCGUCAUUUUGAAAGCACUAUGGCACGAGGGAAGGGAGCGGAGCCGUACGCGGCCACUUUACUGUCAGUCAGACCUAUAAGCACAGAGAUCAAGAAAGCAAAGCCAAAGGACCAGAAAAACCGUUUGUCUGUGUGGAACAAACUGUGCUAUGCCGUCGGCGGGGCUCCCUACCAGAUCACGGGCACUGCUCUGGGCUUCUUCCUCCAGAUCUACCUGCUGGAUGUGGCUCAGCUGGAUCCCUUCCAUGCCUCUAUCAUCCUGUUUGUGGGGCGGGCCUGGGAUGCUAUCACAGACCCAACGGUCGGUUUCCUGGUGAGCCAGAGUAGAUGGACGGCCAUCGGCCGCAUGAUGCCCUGGAUCAUUUUCUCCACUCCGUUCGCUGUGCUGACUUACUUCCUGAUCUGGUACGUGCCUCCUUUUGAACAAGGGAAGGUCAUCUGGUACCUGAUAUUUUACUGCCUCUUCCAGUCAAUGCAGACGUGCUUCCAUGUGCCAUAUUCGGCCCUCACCAUGUUCAUCAGCAGAGACCAGAAAGAGAGGGACUCUGCCACCGCUUAUCGUAUGAUGGUGGAGGUGCUGGGCACAGUCCUGGGCACCGCAAUCCCGGGACAGAUUGUAGGAGGCGCCCCUGAUUGUCCUGAUAACAUAAACGGGACAAAUACAACCAAAACCAACAUGUCCAGACUUACACUGGAUGAGACGAAACAAUCUUACCUUACUGCUUCAGGAGUCAUCUGCAUCAUCUACAUCCUGUGUGCCGCAGUCUUGUUUCUCGGUGUAAAAGAGCAAAAAGAUAGCGGGCAAAAAACAUCCCAGCUGCUCACCUUCCGUCAAGGCCUGUGCAUGGUGAUGAGUCACGGACCGUAUAUCAAACUGGUCAUCGGCUUCCUCUUCACCUCUCUGGCCUUCAUGCUCUUGGAAGGAAAUUUUGCCCUUUUCAUCACCUACGCUCUCGGCCAUAGGAAUGACUUCCAGAAUAUUCUCCUGGUCAUCAUGCUCUCUGGGACUCUGACCAUCCCGUUCUGGCAGUGGUUUCUGACUCGGUUUGGGAAGAAGAUGGCAGUUUACACUGGCAUGAUUUGGGCAGUACCCUUCAUGAUCCUAAUAAUCUCCAUCAAGAGCAACCUGAUCAUUUCUUACUUGGUCUCAGUGGCUGCAGGUGCGAGUGUGGCAGUAGCUUUCCUCCUGCCCUGGUCAAUGCUUCCCGACGUAGUGGAUGACUUCAAGGUCAGGUACCCAGACGUCCGUGGUCACGAAGCUGUCUUCUACUCCUUCUAUGUGUUCUUCAUCAAGUUUGCCUCUGGUGUCUCUCUGGGUAUCUCUACGCUCAGUCUGAAAUUUGCCGGCUAUGAAACCGGGUCCUGCUCACAAAAUAAGACAGUUGCUUUCACCCUGAAGGUGCUAGUUUCUCCCGUGCCCGUGGUUCUUAUAGCUGUGGGACUGUUGAUAUUGAAGACCUACCCUAUUGAUGAGGAGAGGAGGCGGGAGAACCAAAAACUACUGCAGGAAAUGCUCGAGUCUGAGUCUGAAGCUUCAGAGCUUAAGAGCAGCGUGUAGCAGCAGAGGACGAGCCAACCACCAACAACUGUCGAGGGACAUGACCACCAGCUAUCGGGAGGACAGACCACAGGUCACUACUGCUGCCCAGCAUAUGCCAGCUCCCUCCGCUGGAUCAUUCAGGUUCACAUCGCCCUCUAGUGGCCGACCAGUGUCAGCCAAGUAUUUUCUUCUGUCCUUUGCCUCCAGCUGUGUCCCAAUUAAACUGCAAAGCUAAAAAGCAUACAGUUUGAAAAUGUCCAUUUUGUCAGGUAGUGUGGAGCUACAGUGCAUGGUUCGGAUCUGUUCUUGGUUUCACUUUCCAGUAUACAUUCUUUGUUGUUGCACUGGGAUCUAUUUAUAUUUAAACCUUAAUGGAUAUCUUACCACUUUGAUGUAUACCACAGGUCAGCUGUGUGUGACUUUAUAUUCAAAAAGUGCUCUGAAGGAAAUGUACACCAUCAGCCCUUAUUUAUAAAGGACGUACCAGCACUGUUCUACUAACUGGAAUUGUAUGGAGCUCUACUAGGAUGUCUGCAUUUUGUUAGGUGGUAUUGUUUCCUAUAGAACAUUUCAUAAAGGAAAAAGACAGAUCUUGGUCUGUCCUGCACAGAGGCUGAAUCACUACCUUACAAACACGUCCUGUGUGAUUGGUUACGAUGAGAUUCCUGUAGAGCUUGUUAUUCAUUUUUCUUUUUGCUGCUGAAUAGGGUUUGUUAUCAUGCCUUUUUGUGCUUUAACAUUUCAGCCAAUCGCCACAGUAGAGAUUUCUGAAUGUUUGCUUUUACAAAUGAAGCCAACCAUUUUCAACCUUGAAGUCAUUUCAUUUGGCACACUUUGACUUCCAAAGGGAAGAAAACUACUUUUAUUUAUUAUUUAUUUCAACACACUUUGGAAGGGAUUAUAAUUUCUUAUGGAAACACAUGUAUACUUAACAGUAUGUGGUUAUGGUCCUGUUGAAACAAUGACAACAUUGCUGUAAUGUGAUUAAACGAGCAGCUUUUGCAGAAUUUUGACUGAAAAACAUCAACUCAAGUCCAGUUUUUCUAUGAUAAGUUAUAUAGGAGACAUUUAUCUUCACUUUACACGGCUUGGUUUAAUCUGACAGGUUAUUAUUGGUUAAGUUAUUGAAAUUUAAAAAAAAAAAACAAACCUUUAAAAUCUAAUAUAUUUCUUCAUAGUGUUCAUUUU